AUGGCUACCGCUCAGAACCUCUCCUUCGUCCUUGAAGGCAUUCACAAGGUCAAAUUUGAAGACCGCCCGAUCCCCGAGUUGAAGAACCCCCACGAUGUGAUCAUCAACGUCAAGUACACCGGUAUUUGCGGCAGUGACGUACACUACUGGGAACACGGUUCCAUCGGUUCAUUUGUCGUCAAAGACCCUAUGGUCCUUGGACACGAGUCGGCCGGCAUCGUCAGCCAGGUUGGAUCAGCCGUCACAACAUUGAAGGUGGGCGACCGAGUCGCCAUGGAGCCCGGUAUCUCAUGCCGCCGGUGCGAGCCCUGCAAGGCUGGAAAAUACAACCUGUGCGAGAACAUGCAAUUCGCCGCGACCCCGCCAUAUGACGGCACUCUCGCCAAGUACUAUACCCUCCCGGAGGAUUUCUGUUACAAGCUCCCCGAGCACAUCAGUCUGCAGGAAGGUGCGCUCAUGGAGCCCCUCAGCGUUGCUGUGCACAUCGUGCGCCAGGCUGGCGUUACCCCUGGCCAAUCGGUGGUUGUAUUCGGCGCCGGUCCCGUGGGUCUGCUGUGCUGCGCCGUGGCCACUGCCUUCGGUGCCUCCAAGGUCAUCGUCGUGGAUAUCCAACAGCAGCGUCUGGACUUUGCCAAGAGCUAUGCCACCACGUCGACGUUCAUGCCCGGUAAGGUCGCAGCCACCGAGAACGCCGAGCGCCUGAGACAGGAGAACGGACUCGGCGCCGGUGCCGAUGUGGCUAUCGAUGCCUCAGGCGCCGAGCCCUCCGUGCACACCGGCAUCCACGUCCUGCGCAACGGAGGCACAUAUGUGCAGGGUGGCAUGGGCCGUAGCGAGAUCCAGUUCCCCAUCAUGGCCGCGUGCUCCAAGGAGCUGACCAUGAAGGGCAGCUUCCGCUAUGGCAGUGGAGACUACAAGCUUGCCGUUGGGCUGGUUGCAUCUGGAAAGGUCGACGUCAAGAAGUUGAUCACCGGCACCGUCAAGUUUGAGGAGGCCGAGCGGGCCUUCAUGGACGUCAAGGCGGGCAAGGGCAUCAAGACCCUGAUUGCCGGCAUUGAUGCAUGA